AUGUUUGCAAAAGUUCAUGCGGAAACAGAUCAAGUGGAAAUUUCCUUGCCUGGGAAAGCGAAUCCCGGGAAAGUUAAAAAAGGGAAAGGAAGGAGAAAGACGAAGAAUUUUCUCAAGAAAACGCAAAGGUUACCGGGUUCGGCGUGGCGAACAGCAUGGAAAGUGGGGAAAGAGGAUCCAAAGAGGGUGAUUUAUGCACUGAAAGUUGGCGUGUCUCUCACAUUGGCUUCAUUGUUGUAUCUGAUGGAGCCCUUGUUUGAAGGGAUCGGAGAGAACACCAUUUGGGCCGUCAUGACCGUCGUUCUCGUUCUCGAAUUCACGGCAGGGGCAACAUUAUGCAAAGGAUUCAACAGAGGAUUGGGGACACUGCUAGCAGGAUCUUUGGGGUUUUACAUACAGUACGUCGUCAACGAAUCCAAUCGGAUUUUUCACGCCAUUUUCAUUGGAAUUGCUGUUUUUCUGAUAGGAGCUGCAAGCGCAUACCUUAGGUUCUUUCCCCACAUAAAGAAGAACUACGACUAUGGUGUUAUCAUAUUUCUCUUGACGUUUAAUCUGAUAACCGUGACGAGUUACCGAGUCGACAACAUCUUGAAGAUUGCGCGCGACCGCUUCUACACCAUUGUAAUAGGCUGCGUUACCUGCCUUCUCAUGAGCCUGCUGAUAUUUCCUCACUGGUCGGGGGAGACUUUGCACAAUUUUACAGCGUCGAAGCUCGAAGGCCUAGCCAAAUCCAUUGAAGCUUGUGUCGAUGAAUAUUUCAACGACAUUGAAUCGGAAGAAACUGACGAUGAAUCCACAGAGGAUGGUGAUGAUGAUGAUCAGGAUCUCAUAUAUGAAGGUUACAAGGCUGUUCUAGACUCCAAAUCUAAUGAUGAGACACUGGCUUUGCAUGCGAGUUGGGAACCAAGGCACUCAAGACACUGUUACAAAUAUCCAUGGAAGCAAUAUGUUAAACUUGGAGGUGCUAUUCGCAAUUUUGGAUACACAGUUGUAGCUCUACAUGGAUGUUUAAGAAACGAAAUCCAGACCCCACGACCCGUUAGAGCUCUAUUCAAGAACCCCUGCACUCGUCUCUCAGGAGAAGUCUCAAGGGUGCUCAUGGAGCUAGCCAGCAGCAUAAGAAGCCGCCGCCGCUUCUCUCCGGAGAUCCUCUCCGGCGACCUCCACGAGGCCUUGCGAGACCUCAACACCGCCAUGAAAUCCUCACCGCCGCCGCCGCCAAAUGAUCAUCAGCCUCAUGAUGAGUCAAAGGGUGAUGAUCAUCAUCAUCAUCAUCAUGAUCACAACAACAAUAAGUCAGCUGGCGAGAGAAAGAUCAUGUUGAAGAAGCAGCCGAGCAGAAUCGCCGUGACGAGCCUCGAAUUCUCGGAGGCGCUUCCGCUGGCCGCCUUCGCUUCCUUGCUUGUGGAGGCGGUUGUCAAGCUCGAUCAUGUGAUUGACGAAGUUGAGGUGUUGGGAAAGAGGGCUCGUUAUUACAAGGAGUUCCAAAGUAGCCGUGGUAGCAUUAAUGGUGGUCAUGAUCAUGAGAGUAAUAAUAAUAAUAAUAAUAAUAAUAAUAACAAUGAAAAUGAUAAUCAUAGAGUUAGAGUAACUUGUGAGACACCGAGAGUAAUUUUCCCAGAAUAA